AUGUCAGAGCCGGGACCCUGGGACAAUAGACUAACACAGGCGUCACCAAUGUGGUGCCCGCGGGCGCCAGGUAGCCCUCCAGGAGCUCCUGAGGUUAAUCACUCCCAACGGCUGAAUGACAGUCAGCUAAAGCCAUGGGUGGUGGUUAACGACGGUGUUGUCCUAGGAGCCCACUGCAACUGUACAGCGGGACUCGGGGAGAGCUGCUCUCAUGUGUCAGCUGUGCUCUUCAGACUGUGGGAGAAAAACAACGCAAGGCACGAAGAGAUCAGCUGCACGUCUAAAAAGUGCAAGUGGGCCUCGCCCAGUGAGGAUGCUGCGAAGAAUGUGGAGUACCAGCAGGGCAAGGACAUCAUAUUCAACAGCAGUCAAAAAAACAAGAAGGGUAAUUCCACCAAGGGUACCUCUGCGCCACCAUCUUUCCCACCCCUGACUGCUGCCGAGCAAGCUCAACUCUACAAGAACCUUUCUCAGUGCCACACUCAAGAUGGGAAAUCCUGCAGACCUGCCGUCCUGUCAGUUGUUCCCGGGUAUGCCACAUCUUAUGUACCCAAGGCUGUCAAGCUGGAUUUACCCGAACCCCUCACCAGUUUGUACGACAAGAAGGCAAGAGACCUGAGCCUGGCUGAGCUACAAGAACAGGCAGAAGGAAUAUUUGAUGACUUGGCUGUCACUGAAGAACAGAGUGAUAUUGUAGAGGAGGAGACCCAAGCUCAGUCCAAAUCCAGAAUUUGGUACGAUCAGAGGAGUGGUAGGGUGACAGGAUCUACCUUCAGAGCAGCAACCAGAACAGACAUCAGAAAGCCAGCAGUGUCUCUCAUGAGACAGAUUUGUUACCCAAAGUCCCAUGUUUUCACCAGUGAGGCUACCAGAUGGGGAUGCAAGAAUGAAGAACUGGCCAGAAGUUAUUACGAAAUGCAGCAUCGACUAUCACACACAGAUGUCCUGGUGCGACCAGCCGGAUUCAGAAUUUCUACUCAGCACCCAUUUAUCGGGGCCUCACCUGAUGGGUAUGUGUCCUGUAGCUGCUGUGGCACAGGGGUAAUAGAAAUCAAAUGCCCAUUUUCAGCAAAGGACCUGUCUGUGAGUGAAGCUGUAAAUUCUGUUGGACACUUUUGCCUAGAAAAAAAUGUUGAAGGAAAAAUUGAAGUCAAGCGAGACCAUCCAUACUUCUACCAAGUCCAGAUGCAGCUAUUUGUCACAAAAUGUGAUUACUGUGAUUUUAUUCUGUGGACGGAAAAGGAACUCUUUGUAGAACGCAUUGCAUUCGACUCAGAAUUCUUUCAAGUACAACUUUAACUCGCUCGUGCCUUCUUCACAAAAUGUAUUAUCCCAGAGUUGUUAGGAAAAUGUUUUUCUGCACCUAAACAACCAACUGCUGACUCCGAUCCCCAGCAACAGUGGUGCUACUGCCGUGCACCUGCGGCAGGGAACAUGCUCGUUUGUGCCUCAGGGUUCUGUGCCGUGAAGAGGUUCCACCAAACCUGCCUCCAGCUGAAAAGGGUACCAAAACAGUGGCUGUGUCCAAGCUGUAGGAAACUACUCAAUGCCCAAAAAAACCCCUUAAUUACUUAGUCUUACUAACUUGUUCCGAUGUACUCAUGGUUGCACAGUAAGAAGAUAAUAAAAAGAAUUGUAUGUGUAAUAGCUGUGUCCUCCUUUAUCAUCCAGAACCUGUCGGGGAAAAUUGUGUUUUAACAUCUGGGUUGU